AUGAAGCAAAGGUUCUCGUCAAUUGACGUUAAGGUCAUCACCCAGGAGCUGGCCGCGGAGCUGGUCAGUCUCCGGGUAUCGAACGUCUACGACCUAUCUUCGCGAAUCUUCCUAUUCAAACUUGCUAAGCCAGACCAUCGCCGCCAACUCAUCGUCGACUCCGGUUUCCGCACUCAUAUCACUCAAUACUCCCGCACAACCGCGACUGCUCCCUCACCCUUCGUGGCUCGAGUACGAAAGUGCCUGAAAUCGCGUCGCAUCACUGCAGUCUCCCAAAUUGGAACUGAUCGCAUUAUCGACAUUACUUUCAGCGAUGGUGCCUACCACAUGUUUCUCGAAUUCUUCGCCGGCGGCAACAUUAUCGUCACAGAUCGCGAGAAUACAAUCAUUGCGCUGUUUCGACAGGUGAAUGCGAGCGAAGGUGACGAGGCUAAGCUGGGAAUCAAAUACGUUGUUACCAACAAACAAAACUAUGACGGCGUUCCCGACAUCACCCCCCAGCGCAUAAUGGAGACGCUAGAGAAGGCGCAGGCAUUAUUCUCCCAAGAUAGCAAUACGAGUAAGAAGAAAAAGAAGAACACUGAUGUAUUGCGCAAGGCUCUGUCGCAGGGCUUCCCCGAAUACCCUCCACUUCUGCUAGAUCACGCUUUUGCUGUUAAGGACCUUGAUCCAGCCCUUCCACUUGAUCAAGUUUUGGGUAAUGAACCUGUUUUGCAGGAUGUACAGGGUGUGUUGGAGGAGGCCCAGCGAGUAUCCGACAGCUUUGCUGUAGGCGACAAACAUUCAGGAUACAUCGUUGCAAAGGAGGACAAACGAGCUCCCUUGGAGGGGGACAGUGCCUCGAAGACUCCUCGUCUUGUUUAUGAGGACUUCCAUCCAUUCAAACCUCGGCAGUUCGAGAAUAAACCGGAGCUCAAGAUCCUGGAGUUCGAAGGAUUCAAUGCAACCGUUGACCAGUAUUUCUCGUCCCUGGAGUCUCAACGACUUGAAUCACGGUUGACGGAUCGAGAGGAGGCUGCCAAACGUAAACUGGAGGCCGUCCGCGAAGAGCACAGGAAGCGAAUCGAUGCGCUCAGCGAUGUACAAGAGAUUCAUAUUCGGAAGGCUGCUGCCAUUGAGGACAACAUGUACCGAGUCCAGGAAGCGAUAGACUCCGUCAAUGGUCUAAUCGCACAAGGAAUGGACUGGGGAGAAAUUGCGCGCCUCAUCGAGAUCGAAAAGACUCGGGGCAAUCCAGUGGCUGGGAUUAUAAAGUUUCCUCUCAAGCUCUACGAGAACACAGUUACUCUGCUUCUCGGUGAAUCCGGCGACAACGAGGCUGAGGAUGAGGAUCCUGAAUCGAGUGAUGAUUCUGACGAGUCUGAUUCUGAUAGCGAGGAGAGAGAGCAGAAAACAAAAGAAUCUACAGAAAAGAUGCUUCCCAUUGACGUUGAUCUCGGUCUUUCACCUUGGGCAAAUGCAAGCAAAUACUAUAAUCAAAAGAAGCAGGCAUCGGAAAAGCAACAAAGAACUGUGCAGUCCUCCACCAAGGCUCUUAAAAGUCAUGAGAAGAAGGUGACAGCCGAUCUAAAGCGAGGCCUGAAGCAGGAGAAAAAAGUCCUGCAUCAAGCUCGCGUUCCCUUUUGGUUUGAGAAAUUUAUCUUCUUCAUCUCGUCCGAAGGCUACUUGGUUCUUGGGGCCCGUGAUGCUAUGCAGAGCGAAACGCUCUACCAUCGGUACUUGAAGAAGGGAGACAUCUUCAUCCACGCAGAUCUGGAGGGUGCUUUGCCUUUUGUGGUCAAAAACCGAGCCGGAAGUACUGAUUCACCCAUUCCUCCAAGUACUCUCUCGCAAGCAGGAAACCUUUGCGUUGCAACUUCAAUCGCAUGGGACUCUAAGGCUGUCAUGGCGGCAUGGUGGGUACAGGCGCACCAGGUAUCUAAGACUUCCAUUGGUGGGGUUUUGCCACCAGGCCAGUUCCAGACUGAGGGAGAAAAGAACUUUUUGGCACCAUCGCAGUUAGUUCUUGGGUUUUCUAUCUUGUUCCAAGUUAGCAAAGAGAGUGUUCGAAACCACAAGCAGCACUUUGGCAUUUCUGGUGUUGAUGGAGAAACUCUCGCCAUAGAGCCCCAAGAAGAAAAUUCUGCUAAGAAAGAGUCCUCAGUGCAGCCUGUUCCUGUUGUGAAUGUUACAGAGAAUAUACAAGAGGCGGAAGAAGUCUCAGAGGAUGCCCGGGAAGAAGACAAAUCUGUAGAUGACGAGGCGGAAGACGACAGGGAUGAACAGGCUACCCACACAAACCCUCUCCAGCAGGGCAAUCCAAAGAGACAAGCUCGACAAGGAACUGGAGUCGAGUCUUCUGAAUCUGACGAAGAGAAUGAGCCACAACUAGAGAAUGUGAAAGGUGAUGAAGAUGACGAAACAACCACAACAAGCCAGGCUGCAGCUACUCCACGGGAUCAGCAGAAUGCCUCAGCUCCUGACCAACAUUCGCGUCAAGAGAAAACCCCAGCGCGUACUCCCAAACCCCGUGGCAAGAAAAAGCGUGCGGCUGCAAAGUACGCUGAUCAAGAUGAAGAAGAUCGAGAGCUUGCUAUCCAACUUCACGGAAUAGGCAACCAAACAGCCAAGGCCGCCCUGGCUGCUGAAGCCAAGCUUCAACGAGAACAAGAAGCCGAAGCACAAAAGCAGCGUCGUCGGGCACAACACGAGCGUGCCGCCGCAGCCGAGAAAAAGCGACAGGCUCUAUUUGCUGAGAAUGGAGGCGAUGAUUAUAACGAAGAAACUGCCGCCGCCGAAGCCGCAGAUCUCAGCUGGAUCCCAGCCCUAAUUGGAACGCCAACCCCGGACGAUGAGAUCCUUGCUGCCAUCCCUGUCUGUGCCCCAUGGGGAGCUCUUGGCCGAUACAAGUACAAAGUCAAGCUGCAACCAGGUGCUGUCAAGAAGGGCAAGGCUGUUAAGGAGAUUAUUGGUCGUUGGGUGUCUGAAACUACUGCAGGCAAGGUCAAGAAGGAUCAUGCUGAGGAUGUCGGAAUCUCUCGCAUCGAUGCGGAACGAAUCCGUGCUCGCGAGGGUGAACUGAUCAAGGAGUGGAAAGAUACUGAGAUCAUUAACACUAUGCCCGUCGGUAAGGUUCGCAUCAUGACCGCUGGUGGUGGUGAUGGAGGCGAUAAAGGCAAGGGCAAGGGAGGUGGUGGUAAAGGUGGCACAAAAGGAGGCAAAGGUGGAAAGAAGAAAUAA